CUUGACCGAUUGCACUUGGGUAUACACAUUUCGGAUCAAGCUAGUCCUCCCUAGAAUGGUGUGCAAAAAUAGCUCCUUCAUCAUCACUGCCAUGCUUUGCACAGAUACCUCAAUCCCAUGGAUCGUAGCCUCCAAUGCAUCAAGGCAUCAAGGGAUAGAGCGUUCUGGUGCAGUUGUGAAUGGGCCAGCGGAUGAAGCUAGGCCGGGGACCCCAGAAUCAGAACCCAUCAUCUUAGCUCGUUUCCCCUAA